AUGUGCAAGGGCAUCGCGGUGAUGAGGCGGCGGUCGGACUCGUGGCUCAACGCGACUCAGAUCCUGAAAGUCGCUGGUUUCGACAAACCACAACGAACCCGUGUUCUUGAACGCGAAGUCCAGAAAGGUGAGCACGAAAAGGUUCAAGGAGGCUAUGGAAAAUAUCAAGGCACGUGGAUUCCCCUUGAAAGAGGAUUGGCUCUCGCAAAACAGUAUAACUGUGAAAUUCUUUUACGGCCUAUCAUUGAGUACCAGCCUGCAGCGAAGAGCCCUCCUCUCGCCCCUAAGCACCUUGUCGCGGCGACAGUCCCUCGACCAGCGCGCAAAGCUCCUCCCGAGACGCCGUCGGUAGCUAACACUAGAUCUUCGAGAAAACAAGUAGAAACCGUCGAAGACGAUUCCGAUCACGAUACGUUGUCUCUCCGCGGGUCGGAGGACGGCUCCAUGACGCCUGCUCCUUCAGAAAGGUCAUCUAUUUCGCACACUCCAUCUCCAAUCAACAGCCCCGGUCCAUCUUACGAGUCAAACGGUGUUGAAAACCGCAAUGCUGUUUCGCGGCGCUCUCGACAUCGACCAACUUUAGACGAACGAUCCGAAUUGCUUGAAGAAGAGGACGAUCGGUCAUAUGCUGACCAGGUCCUGGAAUUCUUCAUUUCUGAUUCGAACCAAAUUCCUGAUAUCCUCAUUAACCCGCCUCCGGAUUUGGAUCCUAACAUGGCCAUUGACGACGAUGGCCAUACUGCCCUGCACUGGGGUUGCGCCAUGGGACGUAUUCGCGUCGUCAAAUUACUUUUAACUGCGGGAGCAGAUAUCUUUAAAGUGAACAAGGCAGGCCAAACGGCACUGAUGCGCUCUGUUAUGUUUGCUAACAACUAUGACGUCCGCAAAUUUCCUGAACUUUAUGAACUGCUCCACCGCUCAACGCUUAAUAUCGACAACUACAAUCGUACAUUAUUCCACCACAUUGUAGAUGUUGCGAUGUCCAAAGGCAAAACUCACGCUGCCCGCUACUAUAUGGAAACAGUCCUCACCCGAUUAGCGGAUUAUCCAAAAGAACUUGCAGAUGUUAUCAACUUCCAGGACGAAGAUGGCGAGACGGCUCUGACCCUGGCCGCCAGAGCUCGCAGCAAACGUCUUGUUAAAAUUUUAAUUGAUCAUGGCGCCAACCCAAAGAUCAUGAACAAUGAUGGGAAGAGUGCCGAAGAUUACAUUCUCGAGGAUGAAAGGUUCAGGGCAUCUCCUGUACCACCCUCUCGUAUUUCCACCAUGUCCUUCCGUAAUGCCCAAGCCGCGUAUCCGCCCUCGACAGCAGCAUUGGGCUAUGCUUACGCCCCUGCCAAUGGCGACAAACCCCCUCUACAUCAUUCUAUUGCAGCACAAAAAGCAAGCACCCGCUGCGUCAAUGAUAUCGCUGCAAUGAUGGAUAGCUUGGCUUCUUCCUUUGACCAGGAACUCAAAGAUAAAGAACGCGACACGACCCAGGCUCACGCGUUACUGUCAAACAUUCAGGCAGAAAUUUUAGAAAGCCAACGCUCUGUUAGCCAGUUGAAGCAACAGGCUGAAGGGCUGGUCACGGCCAAACAUCACCUUCGAGAUAUGCAAAAGAGCCUCUCAGACAAGAUGGGGCGACGGUACAGACUAGGCUGGGAGAAAUGGGUCAAAGAUGAGGAGACUCGCGAAAGCAUUAUCCGUGAAGCAGCCAACGGCGAACUCAUGCUCACCCCGGCUACCGCAACCAUACAUAUUGAAGAAGAGACUGAGAUGGACAUCUCUCCCGAUGGCGAAAAGGCGAAAGGGAAAAGAAAGUCUACCGCACAGGAAGACGUCUCUGAUUUGGUCGACUUGUACGCACACAUUCCAGAGGACCCUGAAGAAUUACGGCAACAGUGUGAAGCCCUGCGAGAAGAGAUUACCCAAUUUAGAAAGCGAAGAAAAGUGAUGUUUGACGAGUUGGUGACGUUCCAAACUGAGGCCGGUACGAGUGGGCGAAUGGGAGACUAUAGACGGUUGAUUGGGGCAGGAUGCGGAGGCAUCCCUCCUGCUGAAGUCGACCAAGUUCUGGGCAUGCUAUUGGAGACACUUGAAUCUGAGGAACCAAGUUCUUCUUCAAUAGCUUGGAGCGGCUCGAGACCGGUAGCAGUUGGGUGA